CGGAGCUUCUAACGGAGAAAGCUUUAUUAAACUCACCGGUACCGGUACCAAGCUGGUAGUGUAGAACCGGAGUGUUGCUGACCGACACCGGGGAUAGAUGCAACCGGGAGGAUACCGGCUGUCUGCGCCGGUUCAUCAUGCUAACCGGAGCUAGCUGGUAGCAUGCUAACCGAUAACUGUAGUCUGAGCUGCCGGUGAAGAGCUAACUGAAGCUAACUGAAGCUGAUGCUAAUUGAAACUAAUGUUAACUGAAUCUAACCGAAGCUACAGAAGCUAACAGAAGCUAAGUGCUAACUGACAGCUGACUGACACACCGGACACUUACCGGAGGUCAUGCUUCUCCACAAUGAACUCGGUCCGCAAACGCCUCAAACUUGCCAGAUCGCAAACUGUUGCCCCCGGCGACCCUGGGACCCGGAGUGUCCGAACGCCACGCUGCAGCCCCCACACCGUCUCCCAUGAUGCUUUGCUGCUGCCCCCACCUGCAGCUCCCGCAGGAAGUGGAGGGGAGGAGGAGGAAGAGGAGGAGGAGGGUUACCUGCUGGUGGAGGAAGAUACUACUGACUCCAGCCUCAUCAUCACCAUGGAGGACAGUCAGGUGGAGCUGAAGGCGGCGAGGAGGAGAGCGGUGAGGAAGAGGAAGAGGAAGCUGACUGAGGAAGAGAAGGAGCAGAGGGGCGGGGCUUCAGAGAGCGAGGAGGAGGAGGCGGGGGUCGAUGUGGAGAUUGACAGGCAGCUGGACCAAUCACUGGAGACCAAGUCCAAACAGCACAACCUGACCACCGUCAACGUGAAGAACAUCAUCCAUGAAGUCAUCACCAACGAACACGUGGUGGCCAUGAUGAAAGCCGCCAUCAACGAGACCGAAGCCGUCCCGCCGUUUGAGCCGAAAAUGACUCGAUCCAAGUUCAAAGAGGUUGUGGAGAAAGGAGUGGUGAUUCCAGCCUGGAACAUUUCUCCCAUCAAGAAAACCAGCGACAUCAACAAGGCUCCUCAGUUUGUCGACAUCCCUCUGGCUGAGGAAGACUCCUCCGAUGAAGAGUACCGUCCCGAUGAGGAAGAGGAGGACGAGACGGCUGAAGAUACGUUCCAGGAGAGCGACAUGGAGAGCACGGCGUCGUCUCCCAGAGGAAGCCGACUGAACAGAGUGGACGAGGACAGCUGCAGCCCCUGGCAGACUUCUCGUAGCAGAUCCAGGCGUUUGAGGGCGGGGUCUGUCUCAAUGGGCCCUCCUCCACCUCCCAAAGCCCUGCCUCCCCGAGCAGUACCUGACAGCACCUUCCUGGAGAAGCUUCAUGCUGUGGAGGAGGAGCUGGCUGUGUGUAUGGAGCCCUACCAGGGACUGGAAGUGAAGCAAAACUGGAAUCAGAACCAGACCGGGUCGGAGGGCGAGGCCGGUCAGAUGGCGUACCGGACUCGGUCGAAGCGUCCUCUACGCGACGUCCCGUUGGGCCAGCUGGAGGCGGAGCUCCGAGCUCCUGACAUCACACCUGACAUGUAUGACUCCAGCUCCGCCCUCGAGGACAGGGAGUGGACUGAUUGGCUGAGAGGCCUGAUGACCACCGAGAUGGAAAACGAAGAGGAGUGCGAUGAUGAAGAUGAUCCAGAGUACAACUUCCUGGCUGACGUCGAUGAACCGGACCAGGAGGAUUACCGUGACGACAAAGCUGUCCGCAUCACCAAGAAGGAGGUGAACGAACUGAUGGAGGAGCUGUUUGAGACGUUAAAAGAGGAUCUCGCUGGACAGGAAGUGGAUGAUGAAGGCCACGAAGAAGAGGAGGAGACGCAGGAGGAAACACACACCGUGCAGACACACACAACGCAGGAGGAACACACUAUACGAUUGGAUGACGAUGACGAGGAGGCGGAGGAUGGACCAAUCACAGAGCUGCGUACAGUGAAGCAGCAGCUGGCGUUGAUCAGGAACAGACACACACUCAGUAACACACACACACUCAGUAACACACACACACUCAGUAACACACACACACGCUGUCCUGAGCCGUACACACUGAAACUGGACAGACUGCAGAAGAAGAGACUACAGCAGCAACUCCAGCAGCACGUCCAGCUGAUGGUUCAGAUUCACCUGUUGAGUUCACCUGUGGCCAAACUGCACAGUGAAGCUGAGACCACCCGACAGUUCCUGUUUGAGUUGGACCUGCUGGCUCAGAGAGGCGAGCUGCUGAUGUCUCCAGGUGUUCCAGGUUUCUGCAGCUCCUUCCGAUCCUCCAACCUGCAGGCGGCGCUGCAGCUGCUGGAGGAUCUGCGACAGGCUCCCAUCACCUACCUGCCCCACACCCCCACCCCCGACUCCCGCGGCCACAUGCGGUGUUUCCCCGUCAUGCCGUCUGAACUCGCCUGGCUGUUUGCUACUCGUCCGGUCUUCCUCUACCCGGAGCUGCUGCCGUCUGUGAGCCUCGACCCGGCUCUCUACUGCCCCCGCAGGACGGCCGCCUUCACUGCAGCUGAAGACUGCCUGCUGGUUCUGGGUCUCAGGAACAUGGAGGGGUCAUGUGAUCCAACCAAGCUGGUGUCUCAGUUCUUACUGAGGAAGACUCUGGUUCAGGUCCGACGGAGAAUCCUGCAGUGCUGCAGACCCGGUUCCCCCGACAACAUCGUCAAGGCGUUCAGGUAUCAGCGUGUGUUGUGGUCGAUGCCGGUGGCGUGCGGUGGCAUAGACGCAGCAGAGCGGCGCCCCCCGGUGGAGAGAGAGGAGAGGGUCAUGCCUCUGUGGCUCGUGCGGAGUCUUCCUGUUAUCUCUCCGACCAUCAAACACUUCAACGGCCCGCCUGGCUCCGCCCCCCCGUCUGGCCCCGCCCCCCCACCCCCCUCCAGGUGUGGUCGAGCCCGUCAGAGUCACCUGACCUUCCUCCGCUCCUCCUCCUCUUCCUCCUCCUGCAGCUUCCCCCCCGGGACGCGUUACCCCCCCCGCCUCCCCGCCAACCUCGACUUCCGCCGCAUCGGCUUCGUCCUGCUGCAGCCGCCCCUCCCCUCCUCUUCCUCCUCCUCUUCCUCCUCCUGCCCCCCACCUGCUCUCAGCCCCCCCCUCCUCAAUCACCUCCUCCUGAAGACCGAGGCUGACAUCACCAACUCCGUGGUCUCCACGGCAACCAGAGAGCGAAUCAGACGCCACUAUCGGACCCUCGCCGGCCUGAGGAGGAGACGACCCGCUCCUCCUCCCGUCGCCCCCGACGACGACCCCCCCGACCCCGAGGAGGCGGAGCCAGACGGCGAACAGGAAGUGACUGUGACGCCAAAGAGAGGAGAAGAAGAUGAUGAUGAUGAUGGAGGAAUUUCUUCAGAUGAGUCCGUCCUGCUGCAGGAGAAGCUGUCUUCAGAGGGAACUGAUGAUGAUGAUGAUGAAGAUGAUCAGAGGGAGGACGCAGCGUUUGCUCAGGAUUAUCUGCUCAGAGUGUGUGAUGCGGUGCAGGUGUGUCCGGGUCGAGCUGAGCAGCUGCUGCAGCUGUUGGAGGGGUUCACGGCGUCGGGGCCCCUGGAGGCCCCCGAGGGUCUGUACGGCAGGCUGAGUGGCGUCCUGCGGCCCUGGCCUCAGCUGCUCCGAGACUUCGCCGCCUUCCUGAACAGAGAACAGGCUGAGAGCUGCGGCCUGCUGUUGGAGCAGCAGAUGUUUGAACACAGUCGGCGGUUUCUACGGCGACUGGGGCGGAGCCUGGGAGAAAGCUCCGCCCUCUACCAGCAGGUGGUGUCGCUGCUGCAGGGAAGCCCCGCCCCCCCACCGGAGCACAUGGAGCAGAUCUCGUCCCUCCUCCAUCAUCACACCGACCUGCAGCAGGAAUUCCUGGAGUUUUUCCAGCUGCUUCACACCCAGUCGUCUCCCACGGCAACCAGCUCGUCUCCCACAGCGACAAGCUCGUCUCCCACAGCGACAAGCUCGUCUCCCACGGCGACCAGCUCAUCUCCCACGGCGAUCAGCUUGUCUCCCACAGCAACCAGCUCGUCUCCCACGGUGACCAUCUCGUCUCCCAUGGCAACCAGUUCUCCCAUGGCAAGCAGUUCUCCCAUGGCAACCGCCUCGGAGACCACAGAAACGGACCAGGUUUCCCAGAAUCCUCCUGACCGAACCAGGAAGACGUCAGAGGAGAGCGAGACAGGAAGUGACGAACAGGAAGAGGAGCGAGCAGUUUGUGCCAAAAACGUCUCGAUGAGUUCCAGCGGAGAGAAAGUCGUCGUCUGGACCCGAGAGGCGGACCGAGCCAUCCUGACCGCCUGUCAGCAGCGAGGAGCCAACAGGAAGACGUUCAGACGGGUCUCUGCUCAGCUGGGCAACAAGACCGCCCAACAGGUGAGCCUUCGCUUCCACGACCUGAUGAGUCUGUUUCACUCCGCCUCCCAAAAAAAAUCCACUUCCUGUGCGUCUCCGCCUCCGUCUGAACAGCAGCAGCCAAUCAGCAGCCGGCGAGAAGCAGCGCCCGACUGAACUGAACCGUGACAGCCAAUCACAGACG